CACAAACUAAUUGCAAGUUAUCAUAUACAAUUUAAAUUAUUAUGACAAAAAUAAAUUAUUAAUAAAAUUAUAUUUGAGAAUGGCGGAUUAUCCGCCCAUCCGCCAUGAAUUAUCCGACCCGAAAUCGCCUAAUUCGCCACUUAAACGAGUUGAAUAUGGAUUAUGAUUUUUUCAUCCGAUAAUCCGCCUUAUCCGUCACGAAUAAACCGACCCGAUCCGCUUUGUCAGGUCUAGACCCAGGUGCUCCUUUUUCCAUGUUGAUGUGGUUGUGAAGGUUGUGCUUAAGGUAACCUUCCUUUUUUAUCUUUUUUUUUUUCAAUUUGGAUCUAUCUUGACUACAUCAACAAAACAAGUGUCACAAAUGUGUGUAGACAGGCUGCCUCUUCUCUAGGUAUAGUCAGACAGCUUAUGGGAAUGUAUCCAACCAUAUGAAAUCAGUCCAAACUCAAAAAUACAAUUUUCUCGUCAGAGUUGUGGACAACGCCAUGAACUUGCUUUUGCCCUUUGUUUUUUCAGUCAAAAGUUCACUAUUUGGCUGCGUCCCUGAGCUAAAUCGCAAGCAGACGACAGGUCUACUGCAGUGCCCUAGCUUGUCUCCCUUCAGAAUAGUAUAGAGAGAGAGAGAGAGAGAGAGAGAGAGAGAGAGAGAGUAGCAAAAGAGAGAUUGUUUCUAUCUCCAAUGAAGUGGGAACCAUCCAACCGCCCGCUCUGACCAAGAAAGAUAUGGGUAUGUGCUUAUCAGCUGAAGGUCGGCUAAAGAGAUUUCUGGCUACAUCUGCAACGGCGGUAAGCAAGCUUCGACCAACGAAUGACACGCGUAUACCUGUAGUCGACAACUGACAGUCGGAGGCGGUGACCAGUGGUGACUUCUCUCUCUUUGGCUUUAAGAAAUUGAUCAUUAUAAUCUUUCAUCCAUCAGGGUGAAAUCAUCUUCCCUUCAACAUUAAGAAAUUAUCAAAAACUUCACCGCCCCAGAAUCGUAUAAGAACUCCAUCAUCGCCAUGAUCGUCUCCGUGUGCUCAUUCCCUGAGUUCUUAUACUGUACUACAAUGUCUGCAGGAUCAGUGAGUAGCGGCAACCAUGCCAGCUCUUUCGAGGCAUUUUUCGAAGCCUGGUUGGUUCGCCAAGCACACUACCUCGACGAACUCCUCCACGUGCAGCUCAACCUUCACGAAUCUAGCGAACAUGACCUCAACGAUUUGGUUUCGCGAGUCCUGGCUCACUACCAACAGUAUUACGCGGAGAAAUCGAUUGACUGUCACCGCGACGUGUUUGUCCAUUUCUCCCGCACCUGUUUUAGCUCCUUCGAGCAGAGCUUCUUCUGGAUCGCUGGAUUCAAGCCGGGUCUGGCGUUUCGACUCGUGGCUGAUUCGGUGGGGGAUCUUUCGGAAGAGCAGAACCGCAAGAUAGGGGUGUUGAGGGAGGAGACGAGGGCGGCGGAGAGAGCUCUGGCGGAGGAGCUGGCGAGGGUUCAAGAGAGCGUGGCGGCGCCGCCGUUGUUGAAGGCGGCGAGGCAGGCGGAGCGAGGAGGAAGGAUGGGGCAGGCGGAGGAGAUGGUGGGGAGCGUGAGGGUGGCAAUGGAGCGGGUGGUGGGGAGGGCCGACGCGCUGAGGAUGAGGACGACGGCGAGGGUGGUAGAGAUACUGACGGCGGCACAGAACGUGAGGUUCUUGGCGGCGGCGACUCAGCUUCAGACCAAAAUUAGGGCUUGGGGUUUGGAGAAAGACGGCGAGAGAGGAAGGAACCGGUAGCAGAGUGAUAGUGUGUGUUCGCAAGCCAGGUAGAGAAGGAGAGGAGAACCUCUUUAGUGUGUGUGUGUGUUUUUUUUUUUCGUAUCUUUCUUUUUUGGGGCAUGCUCUGGCUGCCAAAGGCUCCGCACCGCAAUGCCCUUCUUUUUAUUUAUUUAUUUAUUAAUAAAUAAUUUUUACCCUUUGAUAA